AAGUAAUUUUUGUUUCUUUUUUUUUUUUGUUUUUGGUUAUUCAGUAACUGAAACUCCAAAGCAGAAAGAGAGUUUCGCUAAGUUUCACAGCUUGAAUUUUCUGUACUUCCAUUAUUAGGAUCAGAAGGAUCGAAUCAGCAUCCACCAUUUUCUUUUGCUCCUCUGUUGGGAAAAGAAUUUUUUGCUCUUUUUUCUUUGUUUUUUUUUAUUUUUUUAAAAAGGAAAAGGAAAAAUGGCUGGUUCGCAGAACGGAGACUUGAAAAUGGAAGGAUGGCUGUACAUAAUUCGUUCGAAUCGGAUUGGAUUACAGUACUCAAGGAAACGUUACUUUGUUCUUGAAGAUCAUCUUCUCAAGAGCUUCAAAUCCAUUCCCAUUUCCAAUCUCCAGUUUCUCAGAUUUUGCUGGUGCUUUCUUUUUUGCUAGAGAUAUGACUGUCUAUAGGAACCAGGUAGAAGUGCAAUUAUUGAUUCCUGCAUCCGGGUUACAGAUAAUGGGAGGGAGAGCAUUCACAGAAAAGUAUUCUUCAUAUUCACUCUUUAUAAUAGUUCUAAUCACAAUGAUCAGCUUAAGCUAGGAGCUAGUAGUCCUGAAGAAGCAGCAAGAUGGAUUCAUUCCUUUAAACAAGCAGCUUUAAAGGGUGGCCCAUACCCUGCAAAUGAUGUUGCCUGUUCAAAGAGCAGAUGGCAGUCCUUCAGAUCCAGUGGUUCCAAUCAUGAAAUUCACAAUAAUUCUAUUGACUGGACUCUUUAUUCAUCCACAAAGAUGGACAGAGUGACGUCUGAUGUUGUAGCACCAUCAUCUUGGACAAUCUUUGGCUGUCAGAAUGGUCUUAGACUGUUUAAAGAAGCUAAAGAUAGGGAUUCUCAUGGAAAGUGGGAUGACCAUCCUGCAAUCAUGGCUGUGGGUGUCGUAGAUGGAACUUCAGAAGCCAUUUUCCAGACACUUAUGUCUCUUGGACCCUCAAGAUCAGAAUGGGACUUCUGUUUCUACAAGGGUAGCGUGGUUGAACAUCUCGAUGGUCAUACUGAUAUUGUUCACAAGCAGCUAUAUAGUGAUUGGUUACCUUGGGGAAUGAGAAGGAGGGAUCUUUUGUUGCGGCGCUAUUGGAGAAGAGAAGAUGAUGGAACAUAUGUUAUUCUCUACCACUCAGUGUUUCACAAGAAGUGCCCCCCACAGAAAAGCUGUGUCCGUGCCUGCCUUAAAAGUGGUGGAUAUGUUAUAUCUCCAGUGAAUGAAGGAAAACACUCAGUUGUAAAACACAUGCUUGCAAUUGAUUGGAAAUUCUGGAAAUCGUAUUUGCGAACUUCUGCAGCCCGAUCUAUUACCAUUCGGAUGCUUGAGAGAGUUGCUGCACUAAGAGAGUUAUUCAAAGCAAAACAAGGAAAAUAUCCUUCAGCUGAUCUUUCAUCCAGAGAGUUGAUAAGGAAUGUUAGGUUGCAUCAGAGUGAAGAGGACGGCAUGGUUGAUAUGUGUACACAGAUAGAGGCUGGGAAAAUUAAGGAAAAUAUGUGUGAAGUAAUGGAAAGGGCACCUUCAGAACACUCAAGCCUGGUGGGACUUAAUGAUGCUGCUGAUGAAUUCUUUGAUGUUCCAGAACCAACAGACUAUGAUCAAUCAGAAGAUGGGUGGGCUUCUGAUUUUGGUCCAGAAGGGUACUCUCAGGAUACACGCCAUCCAAAGUUAUCAACUGCUGCUGUUUUUGUGAAAAAGUUACAUGAUCUUGCAGUCCAGAAGAGGGGCUAUGUGGACUUACAGGACAUGAUGAGGGAAGAUGGCAUAUUUUGCUCUUAUGGAAACACUCUUCCAAAGGAUCCGACUUGUACAUUGCCUUGCAGUUGGACAGCAGCGGAACCCUCCACAUUUUUAAUUCGUGGGGAGAAUUACCUGGAAGACCGUAAGAAGUUUAAGGCAACGGGCACGUUGAUGCAAAUGGUUGCUGCAGAUUGGCUAAGAUCUGACAAGCGAGAAGAUGAUCUAGGAGGGCGUCCUGGGGGCAUUGUUCAGAAAUAUGCUGCUCAGGGAGGGCCAGAGUUUUUCUUCAUUAUAAACAUACAGGUGCCAGGUUCAACUACAUAUAGCCUAGCGCUAUACUAUAUGAUGAAUACUCCUGUCAAAGAUUCACCCUUACUACAGAACUUCAUCAAUGGAGAUGAUGCAUAUAGAAAUUCAAGGUUUAAGCUCAUUCCAUACAUAUCAAAGGGGUCGUGGAUAGUCAAGCAGAGUGUUGGAAAGAAAGCUUGUCUCAUUGGCCAAGCUCUGGAAAUUAACUAUUUCCGUGGGAAGAACUACUUGGAGCUUGGGAUUGACAUUGGAUCAUCAACUGUAGCCAGAGGUGUGGUCAAUCUUGUGCUCGGUUACCUCAACAAUCUGGUCAUCGAAAUGGCAUUCUUGAUACAGGUAAAAACAACACUUGAGCAAAACAAGGAUAAAAAACGAAACAACAUUUUUGAGCUUAAAUGCAAUUUCUCACCUUUGUCUAUGAUCAAUGCGAACACCUCCUUCAAUGGUCUAAAAAUGUCCGAUUUUAUUGUGCGCAGGCGAACACAGAAGAGGAGCUCCCGGAGUAUCUUCUCGGGACAUGCCGCCUGAACCAUCUAGACGCAACGAAAUCUAUUCCAGUAAAAGUAUGAUUAACUCCUCAAUCUGAUGUUUUACUUGAUAGGCUGGCUAAGAAAAGCUUUGGAUGAUGAAGAAUAGCAAAAAAAAAAAAAAAAUUCCUCAUAUUAUUGCAUAUUCAUUACUUGCUUGACAAAAAAAAAAAAAGGAAAAGUUCGAUUCUUUCGUUCAGUCAAAUGGGAUUAUCUACAGCAUCAUCAUUGGGUGCUGUUAGAUAUAUACCAUAUCAUUGGAAUGGAAAAAACACAGCUUUUGUACAGUUGACACGGUUAAAUUAGUAUCUAAAUUUUCCAUUUAGAUUUCUAAUUCCUUGCUUAUAUUCCUAUCUAAAAUAGAAUGCUGACAUGGACUGUACAUUUUUUCUAUCU